CAUAUAUUAUUUGGGGAAGACAGCCAUUUGAGAAUUUGCUUUCACAUGAAGAAUAACGUGAGGGAUUUGUCGGCCUUUGGAGAAACCAGCUCCAUACAUGGAAUACACUAUGUUCUGGGUUCCAAUCAUAGGGCACAAGAACGAAGCGUGUGGACAAUUGUGGUAUUGGUAGGUCUUGCCAUGUCCUUAUUCUGGUCCCAUGGAUUAUUUCAAAGCAAGGCCGAAGAUCCCACCAUGACCACCAUUGAAUCUACUGCCUUGCCCAUAGCCAACAUCAGUUUUCCCGUCGUCUCACUUUGCAGACCGGGUUACAGCCUCGCCCGCCUUAUGAAAUCAUUGGGAGAUAUGGGAGCAACUGUGCACCAUCCACAAACUAAACAAGACAAGGCCAUCCAAUUGCUACAACAGGAAUUCGAAAGUUGGCCCAACUUGACUGCGGAUUUGUUUGCUUCUCACAUGAUUUCCUCUUGGAAGUCGAUCAAUCUCUUGAAUCAAAUUGAAGAUCAGCCAGAUGUCCUCCCUUUGGAGUUUAUGUUGGACAAAUCCAAGGCUUCAACUCCAUGGAGUGAAAAGCGGCAGGAGGCAUUUGCAUCUUUGAGCCAGAUGCUCCAGAUUGAAAGAAAUUACCUUAAGAUCAUGAGAAUGCUCUUGGGAAGUUCUAUGCUUUGCCAUGAAUUCAUCAAACAUUGCAAGUGGAAUGGCGUAAAGUUUCCUUGCAAAUCUUUAUUCGUCCUAAAUCCAACUGAUGGGGGUCUUUGUUGUAGUUUCCACAUGGAUUUAAAGGCCAUAAAAGAAAACCUUCCAUUUAUGGAAGCUCUUGAGCACAGCGAUGUUUUGUCACACUCCGCCCUCAACAAGGGAAACGAGGACUCUUUAGGCAUUGAUAUGACGCCCAAAGUUGGUGAAGGAUUUGGCCUCGAGCUCAUUUUGGAUGCCAAUCUUUCCAGCAAUGACCCAGGUUCAAUGACGGAUGAUCAUCAAGGGAUCUCUUCCUCUAUAGCAUCGCACUCCGAAUCCGUCUCCGUGUCUUCAGGAAGGUUUCUGAUUGCUCCGGGACAUGUAACCGAAGUUGUCUUGACGGCGAUCAAAACUGACACAGAGAAGACCCUGGAAGAAACAUUUGAUCCUAACACCCGAAAAUGUUACUUCCCUCACGAAUACCAAUUGGAAUUGUACAACGAAUACUCCCGGGCUCGAUGUCAAAUCGAAUGUAGCUUGGAAGCAGCCUUUGAAAUCCACAAUUGUACGCCUUGGUUUAUACCUUGGACACAACGUCGUAUUUGCGGUCCUCAACAAUCUUAUCUGUUCUUUAGAUCUGCGAGGCUACACAACAAAACAUGCCACCAUUGUCUCGCUGAUUGUAAUGAAGUCACAUACGACUUCAAGUUAUCUUCUGCUCCUUUUCGAAGAUGUGAUGACAAGAAUAUGGAAUCCUCGCCCCUCUGCUCAUCAGAUACCGAAUUUCAGCCUCAAAAAUGGUCUGAAACUGCCAUUCAGGAACUUGGGCAAGAAACGGCGGAUAUGUACAACUUGAUAAGCUCUAAACGAUUUUUUGCCACGGACAAGCUCUUUCCCAAAACAUUCGGACAAUCCUCCAAACGGAAUGAAUAUGACGCUUUCAAAAAAGAUAUCUCGGUAGUGAGAUACUCAUUUGGAAAGUCUACUAUUCUUCACUAUCGCAAGAGAACCCGGAUCUCCGACAACGACUUUAUCGCCCAAGUAGGGGGCAUAUUUGGAUUGUGUCUGGGAUGCAGUUUCAUCUCAAUGUUUGAAAUUCUGUAUUGGAUCAUCACGAAAAUUUUUCGGUUCUAA